UAAACUCGCGCCACCUCGUGCGCUUCGCCGCACUAAAACCAAUCGCACUCAAACUGAUCAAGCUCAUUUCUAAUAAGCCGAGCAACAACCACCACCAACCACCAUGGCGCGGCAGUCUCUUGCUCUGCUCGCGUCCCUCGCCGUCGCCGUCCUCUCGCUCCUGAGGGCCGCCUCGGCGGAGUCAUGGCUCUACGAGCAAUUCGCCACGGACGGCGACGUUCGUGUCGACUACGACGCUUCGGGAGAGCAGGUGGCGUCGCUCAUCCUCGACCAGCAUUCCGGCGCCGGCUUCAUCUCCAAGCAGAAGUACCUCUUCGGUGAGUUCAGCGUCCAGAUGAAGCUCAUCCCCGGCAACUCCGCUGGCACUGUCACCUCCUUCUACCUGACGUCCGGUGAGGGCGAUGAGCACGACGAGAUCGACAUGGAGUUCAUGGGCAACUCCAGCGGCGCCCCGGUGGUGCUCAACACUAACGUGUGGGCCAACGGCGACGGCAAGAAGGAGCACCAGUUCUACCUCUGGUUCGACCCGACCGCCGACUUCCACACCUACACCGUCAUCUGGAACGACAAGAACAUCAUCUUCCAGGUCGACAACGUGACCGUGCGCGCCUUCAAGCGCUACGACGACCUGCCGUACCCGGACGCGAAGCCCAUGGAGGUGCACGCCACGGUGUGGGACGGCAGUUACUGGGCGACGCGGAAAGGCGAGGUCAAGAUCGACUGGUCCGGCGCGCCCUUCGCCGUCUUGUACCGCCGCUACUCCGCCGACGCCUGCGUCAGCCGUGAUGGCCGCAGCUCGUGCCCUGCCGGCAGCAAUAAGUGGAUGAACAGGCAGCUCGACGACACCGACCGCGUCACCGUGGCCUGGGCCGGGCGCAACUGCUUGCAGUACAACUACUGCGAUGACGGGUGGCGCUUCCCGCAGGGGUUCCCCGGCGAGUGCAGCCGCAACUGAUCCGUCCGUCUGAUCCCUCCAGGCAUCCAUUGUUCUGGAUUUCUUUUCUCUUGGAUGACUCUUGUUCUUCUCCAUGUAAAUGUGAUACACAAAAAAGCCCACAGCAGCGUCCGGGAGUCACCAGUUUUUUUCCUACUUUUGGAUACACCAAUCAUUUAAAUUUGUAACGUCUGAGAAUCCUUUUCGAUCUAGCCAUUGAGCAAAUUAAAUCUUAUUGAAGAAACUGAAUAAACUUUCAAAUUCAUAAA